AUGAAUAAGGGUCAGUUCAUACGAACAUAUAAGCCUAUAGACCCUACCCCCGCGUCAACAAUCUACGAAGAGAUGAUACUGCAAUUCCUAUUACAUGCUAGUGUACACAGAAUCGUCCAUGCUGUUGGCAAAGAGCUUGCAGAGUGUCUAACUGGCGUGAAAGAUGGUCUUCAAAUUAUCUUUGGCAAUAAGGAAAACAAAAACACCCUCGACGACCUCUAUGAGAAUUGGCCACUAGUAUGCUCCAGCACGAUUGCCCUUAGUGAAUUUAUUAAGAAGGCUAUCGUUAGUGCCGCAGAUAAGAAUAAACCAGGACUAUUCUAUAUCCUUAAGAUUAUUGCCAGCACAGGCGAUACAACUAAAUAUAUGCGCUUAGGACUAGUCAAAAUUAUGCAGAAUAUGUUUUGGUUGGAUAUCGCGGUGGGACUUUUUGAAGGAUGGUGGCUGUUUGAAGAUGGCUGUGACCAUGCUGUCACGCUAGAGUGGCUUUGUAAGGAACAUUUGCUCUGUGCUGGAUUUAAGGCUAUCGACUGGACAGAUGGACUGGAGCUGGAGAUGAGGACGAUUUGGGUCAUUGCCGGGUUUCCGACGAACUUGAGUGCUUGA